AUGAAUCGUAAAGUUCCAUUCCCUCAAAAGUUUCGAGCUGAAUGGAAGAACAAUUCGUUGUUGAAAGAUUGGAUAGAAGAAGUAGAAGAUAAAACUUUAGUGAAAUGUAAGUUUUGUAAAAGUAGCAUGUCAGCAAGGCUAGCUGAUCUAACUGCUCAUGCUCACACAAAAAAACAUCUAAAAUCUUCAGAACCGUUUUCCUGUGCCCGACAAGUAAAAUUGCCUUUUCAGUCAAUUUCAAAUGAUAUUAAACUUAAAACUGCCAGUCUAGAAGCAAAUCUUUCACUAUUUGUCAACAGCCACUGUGCAAUUUCAUAG